AAUUCAUUUAAUUCCUUAGAUAAAGAAUUCUGUUUCUUUCUAGAAAAAAUUAUAUUUAUAAUACAUAUUAUUAUAUCAGAUAUAUUUGUUUAUACGAGGAUUUAAAAAAUGCAACGAGAAGAAAAACAAUUGGAUGCUGCUCUAGAGGCUAUUAUUAUGAGAGUCAAUGACUUGAAAACAUCUAUUGCAUCAAUGAUAUUUAAAUUAGAACACGAGUACGAAACUUUAAAUUGGCCAAAUUUUCUUGAUAAUUUUGCUCUUAUUUCUGGUCAUUUGACCAGUUUAUCUAAGAUACUCAGUCAUGACAAAGCUCCAAGUCUAAGAAAUCUUACAGUUUUACCAUUGCGCUUAAAUCCUGAGAAAGAUGAAGAAUUACUUCGAUUAACUGAAGGCAGAAUUCCGACAUUUGCUCAUGAUUCAGUACCUGAUUAUCUAAGAACUAAAUUAGAACCUCAAGUGGAACAAAAAAUGAUGCAGCUAGAAGCCAAAGCAGCAAAUUUAAAUCAUGAAGCUUCUCAUGAAUAUAAUAAACAAGUGGCACAAUAUACUAAAGUGAUUAGUCAUGUUUGGGAUAUAGCAAAUAAGGCACGGGAAGAAUGGGAAAGUGAAGCUGGUUCUAGAGCAACACAAGCACAAACCAGUAGUGCAGCAGAUACUCAUGCACUUGUUGCUGCUGUUGGAAUGGGAAAAGGAUUAAAAUCUGACUCAGUUCCAAUGGUCCAAUCAAAUGUUAAUCCUGUACCAAGUGGUAUGAUGGUAGGCAGACCUGCAAAUCAACAACAGUCUGGAGGACAAGGACCUCUUGGAAAUACACAAAUGGGACAAAUGAACAAAGCUCCUAGUGCAAUCAAAACAAAUAUUAAAGCUGCAUCACAAAUUCAUCCAUAUGGAAGAUAGGAGAUAUUAAUAUUUUUAUUAGAUGUGACAACAUUAUAACUGAGAAAGGUAUACAUAUAUGUGUGUAUGAUAUUUAUAGGUCUUAUUUUAUCACUGCAAUUCUAUUUAAUUAUACUUUUUUUUAAUUUUUGUGCUAUAAUGGCAUUAGAUCGUGGGGAUAAUAUUUUAUUCAUAACAGGAAAAAUAGUUGCCUCUAAACCUUGUUCUUGUAACCAGCAUAACCGAUCUUGUAAGACUAUUGAUUCUGCUGGUGCUUGUAAAAUUAAUUGUAGACCAGUAUAAAUCUCUACUUCUUUUGAUCUUUGACAAUGAUGUUUCCAUAAUUCUAUCAUAUCAUUUUGAAUUAUUUCAUGGUAAUUAAUUUUUCCUUAAAUACAAACAAAAUCUUUUUAUUACUUGCAUAAUAAUUAUAAAGCAUAUAAUUAUAAAACAAAAUAUUUUACCUUCUGUUUGUGGUAUUACUUCAUUGAUUGGCUCCAAAGUAUAUCUCAAUAAUGUGUCCUUCACAUAAUUUUCAAUGCUAGAACACUGAGAUCGUCUUGUAGCUUUUCGAACUCGUUUUUUUAAAUAAAACUUAUCUAAAAUCAAUUUCAUCAAACUUUUUAUAUAUAUAAUUUAUGAAAUAAAAAUAAAAUAAAAAGAUA